AAGAUACUUUGAAAUUGGACAAAAGAAGUGGUUGUAGUGUAUGCAGCAAUAGUAGUACAUGUAAUCUGACUUCUCUGACUUUGCUCCAUCAAAUCACUUUUCUUACCUCUGCUUCCCCAUAAUAGUUUGUCCUCUUUCUCUUUUUCUCUUAUCUUUUUUUUUUAUAUACUUCAAAGUAGUACAUUAUCACUCCAUUCCAACACAAGUACCUAACUUCAACUUUCUUCACUUUUUAUGAUUUUGUUUCCAAUUAUGGAAAUGGUUCUUGUGGUGAUUAUUUGUUCCAUAAUCCAUAACAACGCGAUGAUUCCGAAUUUGAACUUGGAAGCUGAAAAUAGUUUAGAUGUAAGCAGCCAAGUAGGUUCCAACUUUUACUUUCAAGAAACAACAUCUUAUGAUGUUACCAAAGACAGUGCAACAACUUCAUGUCUUACAAAUCUUCCAGAUUCCGAAUCCCUUGACCUGACUCUCACCUUCGAUCCGAUCGACGAAGAUUUCAAGGAAACAAGCGACACGAACAGCGAAAUAGUAGGAGAUGAUCAGGCUGAUAACACCACCGCGUCAGCGCUACCAGUUCACAGAGUUUUCUCUUGUAACUAUUGUAAGAGGAAGUUCUUUAGCUCACAAGCGUUAGGCGGACACCAGAAUGCUCACAAAAGGGAGAGAUCGAUGGCGAAGCGCGCAAUGCGAAUGGGAAUGUUCACUCAAAGGUACACAAGCUUAGCUUCUUUACCUCUGCAUGGUUCUUCUUCCUUUGAUUCUCUUGGUAUUCAAACUCAUGCUGCAAUGCAUAACAAUCAUGUAAGAUCGUUGUCGUCAAUGAGGGCUAAUGAUAUAAGAGCUACAGCAAAACUCGAGAAUGAGUAUUUCGGAGCAGCGCCGAUGUUUAUGCAUAACUACGACGCGGGUGUGUUUUGGCCUGGAAGUUUCAGACAGAUAGAUCAAAGUGUUCAUGCUCAUAAUUCAAAUUUGAAUACUGGUUUUGUUGUAGCAACAGAACCUCCUCAAGAAAUAUCUAAUGUAUCUCCUGAUCUCACUCUCAGGCUUUAAGAUUUUUGUAUCUUACUCUUAUAUUAGUUUUUUGUGGCAAUAAAUAACUAUAUGUCAUGUUCAUUCACUUUGGAUAUGAAAUUACUAAUUAAUAACUGUGCUUGAAUUGUUUCUUUUA